AUGGCCACAGAUCUCGAUAUCGCUGCACAGGCCCCUCAGCAGCUCGUGGAGAAUGCCCUGCAACAAUUCGUCGUCCCUGCGGAACGCCCGCUAUCGCUCUUCGAGCGCGUGAUCACCACCAAUGCGCCCAUCUUGGAGUCACUACUUCUCCAGAUUCCGACCGACACUAUAAUCAAGCUAUACCAUACGUCCCAUUACCUCCGCACGUUCCUACGCUCAUAUCCGACCGCAUGGAAGACACUCUCCUUCCGCCUGCUUUUCCCAUCGGGCACACUACCAACAACGCGAAUCAUCACUCCGGGCACGUCCGACCUGGAAACACAUCGCCAGUCAAGACCAUAUGCCUUGGAUCAACUGUUGAUGAACGUGGUGAUCCCGUUCAGUGGAUGCUUGAAGAGUCUGGAGCUCGAUAACACCGCUGUCUCGGGACAGAUUCUCAUUUCAACUGUGUUGCAUGCGCGUCGGGAAACGUUGGAGCACCUGUCUGUCCGCGGUUGUAAGAAUGUCUCUCUCAAGUACCACAUCAUCCCGUAUCUGACUAUGUUCGGGUUGCAAUAUGAUGUGGACAUGGAGACGAAUAUAGGAAGCUCGCCCGCAACUAAACGACUCGCUCUGAAGAGUCUAUAUGCUUACCGGUGUCGACAUCACCGUCGACGGCCUUAUCUUUCUGCUUCGCUUUUGCGCAAGGACUCUGAUUCUGAACCCACGCAUGAGCUGGUCAAUCUUUGCCACAAAUUAGGUAUCUGGACUGACACUGCGUGGUGCACUACGCCUGCCGGUAGAUGCUAUCGAAGGCGCGGGUAUGUCUCUAUGAGAGUUCCCCAAGGCUCACCUGAAGUUUGGGUUGUAUUCGAUCGACUCUGGAGAUGCAAGAACUGGAUCGGCGCAGUCGAUGAAAAAGCCGAGCGGCCGAUCGUGCGCGAUGGGAAGCUCUGGGAAAAUUGCGACACUGGGAGCUAUGGCGAAGCAAUAGGCACAGAGCGGUGUGAACAGUGUAGCAUUCUGAUGCACUGUGUGGGAUGCCGACGAACUCUUUGUGCUAGCUGUGCCUACGAGCGACCAUACCUUCAUCGUGGAAAUUCUGCUGUAUCGACAAGUGCUGAAACGCCACCCGCGCAUGACCCUUUAUGGUGGGCACCGGGAGCAACUAUGUCUCCUAGUUCUAUGCAGGAUCCAAUCGCAAAUCCUUUGGACAACGCCCCGCUCCAAGGAGCAGCACCCACGUCACAUCCAGCCCUUAAUUUCCACUGGUGCUGCACGGAGCCGAUCUUCUCUGGGGGAGGUGGUAUCAGCAUCGGCACGCCCAGUCGAGAUGUUGAUCAAGUACGCGCCGUACCUUUGCCCCGAGGCCAAGGAUGGGAGGACCUCGAGUACACUGUCAGCGAGUGGAGUAAAUCCUUCCCAAAAUACGCCUAUGGCGAUCCCAGCCAGCCUGACUACUCCCUGGAGACCGGACAUCUCGCGAUGAUGAAGUGGUUACUAGGACCGCCCAAUCGGCAGGUCUCACCCUGCCCACGCAAUCUUUGCCAGGAGUGCUACGACUCGCCCCAGUGGAAGGUUCACUGCAAAAGCUGUUCUAAACCUCUCUGCAUCGAACACGACCUCCGCGGUCUCCGCUUACGCAUCUGUGGCUAUCGUGACCUUGCAUUCGAGAAGAUGACCAUCCAAACCCGAGCGGUCAACAUUUCAUCAUCUGAUGCCGCCAUCACUCAGCUUCCCGGCUAUGAGCUCCCGUUCCGAACCCAGCGCCAGGAUUCGGCCAACAGCAGCUUCAUCGACGAUCCACCGGGUGAUACUGUGGCAGAGGACAAUUUUUCCGAGCCACUGAACGGCGACCAUUCGACGCAGUCAUUGUUCCCUCGCGAUACCACUCGGUCCCUCUCUACACCACCUUCCAAUCACUCGGGAUCGUCAUCGCCAUCAUCAGCCUCGUUUGAAUCAACUUUUGAAGUGCCACGUUGGCAGGGAUGCCAAUCCUUCUAUUGCCCUCAAUAUCGUGCCGUCGGUGAUCAGCGGCAACGGUGCCCAAGCCACCUCCGGGAAUGCAAGGCCUGUGCUGUCUAUGUCUGCUCCGAAUGUGUGGCGGCGAAUCCGCCCUGCAAGUGCUCGUACUGUGAGGAGAAUUACUUGUGCCCCAACUGCAUGAAGGCCCGUGCUCGUGACGGAACUUGUCGCCGUCGCGAAGAAGAGAAGGCCCGGAGAGAGCGAAAGUGGAAGAAGGACAUGCAGGUGCUAGAAGGCAUCCUCGAGCUCAAGGUAGCCAAUGAAAUGGCCGAGUUCGCAGGUCAAUUCUUUGAGUUUGUCGAGCAGGGCUCCUCUCCAACUCCGGCUCCUGUCGUCAGCACCAGCGCCCUCAUCGACCUCAUCAAUAUCCAUGAGGACAACGAGGCGGGCAUUCCCGACAGCCCACGGCCGAACGACCUGAUGAAUUUCCAGUCUCCAUUAUUCCUCGGAGCUAAUCAUGUCGGUCCAGUUUACGACUCGGAGUAG